UAGAAAUAUAAACCUGUGGCGGUUGUUUGUUUUGACAAUUGACUGACAUUAUUUCUUGCCUGAAAAGCCUGCUGGCCUGGCUUUAAAACCUCUACUAGUAACAGAAUCGAAUCCUGGCGUGCUUCGCUGUUGUCUUUCAACAACAGCUGAAAGUAUCCAGAAGCUUGCUUUAAAAGUGCUUGGUUAUAUAAAGAAAGUCCUCAGCUUAUUUAGUUUAUACUUUUCCCACAAUAGUUGCAAAAGAGCUAUAGUAUGAUGUGUUUCACGAAGUUAAGCACUAUGCAAUAAGUUAUAAUUAAUUUUGCAUUGUUAUAAUGUCUACUUCAAGCAACAUUUCACAGUCUACGUAUUCCCCUUCAGAACCUGAGACACCUCAGGGUACAACUCAAAGCAGAAUUCAAAAUUUCGACCAGUCUCUCAACCAUGCAGAUCUUGGUCUAAGUAUUGAACAGUCUUUAAAAAAUGCUCAAAAGGAAAUGCAUCAAAAACGCAUCCAGUCAUUAAGAAAAGAGCUUGAUUUCCUGAAAUCCACUGAAUGGGAGUUUGAAUAUGACAAAGGAUUUGUACAAUAAUACUUAAGGCAUUAAAAAAAAAAACAACAAAAUGAUUUCUUACAUUAAGUCUUUUUUCAAUUAUUUGUUUUCAUACAACUCAGUAGAGCAAUAUGAUAAGGAAAUGGAAGAUUAUUUGGCUGAAGAACUCCUUAAGCUUGACUUUGAAAGGGAUAAGGAAGAAGAGAAUUCCAAUGAUGAGAUUGCUAUCAACAAGGCCGAUUGUUAUGAGAGAACAGGCAUUAUAACACACAUCAGCGAUGAGGGCGACUAUGUGCUCAUUGACGGAAUGCUAUAUUGCAGCACAACAGCCUGUUCUAUAAGACUUAAUAUCAAUGAUAAGGUUGUAUACCUAUGCUACAAGGAUAGCAAUGACAGUAUAACUGUUGUCAGAAUCCUAACCAACAACGGAGAACACUGGGGAGACUUUGAACCAGACGUUGAAGAAAGUGGUUACAAAGUUAUUGAGCAUGUCAUCAUUGGUGAAGUUGACUUUAGGGAUAAGCGAAUGGUUAUUAUGAAGGACAGUGACCUCAAGUUCAGUCUAGAUAAUGUUGCAGCGACCUUUAUACCGGUGAAAGGAGACUUCUUGCAAUUGAAAUGCAUUGUUCAGUUUGAUGAAGAUCAGCCCAUGGAUAUGUCUUCAAAUAGAGUCUUAGAAGUAAAAUCUUUUCAACCAUUAAGAAGUAAAGUUUUGUCAGCUGUUGUUACUCAAUGGAAUGGAGAACAUGGAGUUUGUAAUAAAGAGUUUUUUGUUCACAAGUCUAGUUGCAUAUGUAGCAGUGAUCCUCAAAUUGGUGUUAAGGCCAAUAUUGAAGCUGUUGAAAGCAAUCAAGGUAUCUACAAUUGGAGAGUCAUAAAAAUGGAAAUAACAGAACUGCCAUUGAUAACCCAAAAUAUUGUUGGACCUGUAGAUGAUGUAGAACAAAUAAGUUUAGAAAAUGAAAAACAACACAAUGUUGAAGUAACAUUUCCUCUAAAGUUUGAAAAUGUGCACUUCAAUGAAAGGCCCCAAAUUACUUUAAACAUCACUAAUAAGGGCUAUCAACAAGUAAUUGUAUACAAAUGGAUGAUUCUUUGCAAGAAAAGAGAUUCGCAAGUAAACAUCAGCCCAUUCUUAAAUGCACCAAAAAGGUUAAAUCCAAAUGAAACUUUUUCCUUAACAAUCAGCUGUUGCCCCAAGUUUUAUGGACUUUCCAAAGAACACAUGAUAAUAACAUUCAGAGGAUUCAAAGUUGAAAGGUUUAUAAAAAUAAAUGUAUUGACUGAAAAUAUUUCUUCAGAACCAGAUUCAGAUGUUAACUUCAGUUAUAAGUCUGGCCGGGAAAGGGCUGAGAUCAUGAAUGGUAUUCGAGGAAAAGAUCAAACUGUUAUACCGGGUGUGAAGCUAAAACGAAAUGCGAACUUCGUUGCUGUUAGAAUUGGUCAAUAUCCUAUCCCAGAAAAAAUGUGGAACUUGAUAUUAAGUGACAGUGACAACAACAAUUGUCAACGAAAACAAAGCUUUGAUAAAAUUGAAACAACUUUUCCUUGUUUACUACAGUCUUUAAAUAUUGGAAACUAUAUUGACCAAUGGCACACAUUGUUGCACUUAGAAGAAGUGCAAGCAACUAUUAAUAUAAAGGCUUAUAACAUUGCAAAUACAUUUUUAACUAGAUGUCAGGAGUAUCUUGGUGUAGAAGUUAAAGGGUUGGCUGAAAAGAGGCCGUCUAUCAUUCCAGGUGACAAAGUGGUCGUCACUGACCUAUUGGAUGAUAAUCUUCCGUCAUACGAAGGUUAUAUUCAUGCAAUUCAAGGCGAAGUUCUAUUGAUCAAAUUUCAUCCCCAAUUCCAUUCAAAAUAUCAAGGCAGCGAUGUUUCAGUAGAAUUUCACCUCAAUAGGUCCACUUUUCGAAAGUCUCAUCAUGCUGUUAAUUUAGCUAUUUCCAAACUGGGCCCUGAUAUUCUAUUUCCGUCUCGUAUCAUAACACGCCCACCACAGGUAUCCGCUGAUAAACUGAGAAACAUUAAGUGGUUCAAUGAAGACUUGAACUCCAACCAAAAGGCUGCUGUACAUAACAUUUUAUUAGGAGAAUGUCGGCCCUUGCCUUAUGUUAUAUACGGACCACCCGGAACAGGAAAAACUGUAACUGUCAUAGAAACCUUAUUGCAGAUAUUAACGUACCUACCUGACAGCCGUAUUCUUGUAGCCACGCCGUCAAACAGCGCCGCUAAUUUGAUCGCCGAACGACUGUUACAAUACAGAAAACAGUUCUCCAAUUCAAUAAUCAGGCUUAUUGCAAAUUACAUGAUCGACUCCGAAAACAUUCCAGAUGCAAUAAAACCUUAUUGUGCAACUUUAAAUAUAGCUGUAGAAAGGACUGCACCAUCAAGUCAGAUGGUACAGGAUGGGAUUAAUUUGAAUGUGCCUGCGUCAUACGUUUCGAGGUAUCAAGUCACUAUAGGUACAUGUCACUGUCUUGGAACUUUAGCACAAAUGGAAUUGCCAAAAGGGCACUUUACUCAUAUAAUAAUUGAUGAAGCAGGACAAUUGAUAGAACCAGAGAUCAUGAUACCCAUGACGUUUAUAAACAAAGAAAGUGGCCAGAUUGUUAUAGCUGGUGACCCUAUGCAACUCGGGCCAGUUGUAUUUUCACCAUAUUGUGAAGAGUUUGGCUUGAAGCAUUCAUUUUUAUCGAGAGUUCUCGAAACGUUUCCGUAUCAAAAAGACCUGGCGUCUUUCGAAACUGGGUUCAAUGAUAAGUUAGUAACACUACUGACAUACAACUACAGGUCUUUGCAGGAAAUUUUGACGAUUUCUAAUGAAAUAUUUUAUGACUCAACUUUAGUAGCUAUGAUUGAUCGAAAUACACCAUUUAUACAAAAGAUAGUGAACAUUGUUUCUGAUAUAUAUGAAUUAAACGAUGAGGAAAAAUGUGGUGGUAUAUUUGUACAUGGAGUAAAAGGCAGCAACUUAAGAGCGUCGGAUAGUCCUUCCUGGUAUAAUCCUCAAGAGGCCUCUAUGAUAGCAUUGACUGUAUGUAAACUAUACAGAAAAAAUGUUACUCCAGAUGAAAUUGGCAUCAUUACUCCAUAUAAAGCUCAGAUUAAGCAUAUAAGACGUCUAUUUCAACAUAUGAAUUUAUUGCUACCUAAAGUUGGAACUGUUGAAGAAUUCCAAGGUCAAGAAAAGCCUCUUAUUAUAUUAUCCACUGUAAGGUCAACUGAGUCCGAGUUAGUUACUGACCAAAAAUAUGCUUUAGGCUUUGUGAGCCAACCAAAAAGGUUUAAUGUAGCCAUAACAAGAGGCCAGGCUGCUGUAUUACUUUUCUGUGACCCACAUUUACUGGCAACUGAUAUAUUAUGGUGUAAAGUUAUCACACAGGCAAUACGAGAAAAUAAAUACAUGGGGUGUGAGUUUUCUCCUGCAAAUAAUAUAACUAUAGGUCAAAGUACCUUUGAGGAUUAAUUUUAUAGGCAAAUAUUUUUACUUUACAACACUCUCUUUUUAAUGUUCUGGUUGCCUGUUUUAAGUUGUAGUUUAAGAUUAAAUAUAGUUAGU